AUGGCUCACAUCGACCAGGUCGGAAUUCCAUGCGCCUACAUUCGUGGUGGCACCUCCAAAGCCGUCUUCUUCCACGAGAAAGACCUGCCAGCACCGGGUCCUUUGAGGGACACGGUCCUCAAACGACUUAUGGGCACGCCAGACUCGCAUCAGAUUGACGGUAUGGGCGGAGCGACGACACACACGUCUAAGGUCGCACUUAUUAGUCCUCCUAGCCGAGAAGAUGCGGAUGUCGAUUUCACGUUUGUCCAUAUUUUCAUCGAGAGGGACGCCGUAUCCUACACCGGCAACUGCGGUAACAUCUCAUCUGCGGUCGGUCCAUUCGCCAUCGACGAGGGGAUUGUCAAGGUCCACCGCAAAGGUCGAAUUAUCAACGACAGCUUAACCACUCGAGAGGUCCGUAUUCACAACACAAACACUAAGAGCAUCCUCAUCUCUCACGUUACUGUCGACCCAGUCACUGGAUUCUCUCUCACAAGCGGUGCAUCCAGCAUUUCCGGUGUGCCCGGCACGAGCGCGCCCGUCUUAAUGGAUUACAGUAACAAUACAGGAGGCGUUCUCGGCAGGGGUUUACUCCCAACCGGCGAGGUUCUCAAUCAUGUCACAGUGGAGGGCAAGAGUAUCGAGAUCAGCAUUCUCGACGUCGGAAACGUCACUGUCUUUGUGCGCGCCGCGGACCUAGGUCUAACGGGCACCGAGCCAGCGGGCCAGAUCACCGCCAACCGCGAGUUCAUCGCUCGCUGUAAAGAGCUUCGAGGCAAGGGUGCCCGGCUUGUCGGUAUGUGUACAGACUGGAGACUCGUGGACGAGCAGGCUACUGGCUUGCCGGUCGUAACUUUGGUGGCCCCGCCGGCACACGAGCAGGUCGACGUGAACGCGAGACUAGUGUAUGUGAACCGCUGCCACGACACCAUGGCUGGGACAGGCGCAAUCUGCUUGGCAGGGGCAAGCCGAGUGGAAGGCACCGUGGUCUGGAACACGCUGAGUGACAGCAGUCGAGCUAGUGAUGUCCUCCGAAUUAAUCAUCCUGCCGGUCCGAUGCCGAUCAAAGUGACCAGAGCGCAAGGAGAGAAGAGGGAACAAGGUGCAGAGUAUGAAGUGCUGGCGUUUGAGCGAACAUCUAGACGUUUGAUGACAGGGAUCGUUUUUGUCCCUAAGGAGGUGUGGACGGGGCCAGCAUGA